GUUAGCGUGUUUGUAUGAUUCAACAUAUUUUCAGACAACAGAAAUUCUUUAAAACGUUCAGAGUCGAAUCUUCUUUUCCUUCUUUGACUCUUGGAUGUUUGUAAAAUGCCCGGGGUUAAGGAUCUUUCAGUUUUUCCUGAGGAGGUCCAACAGCUUUCAGUGAGUGAAGAAGAGAUGUCCACUGAUCUGCAGGAGAGGAACUCCUGUCUGAACCAGGAGAUUACCGAGGCCCCACAUUUGAAAGAGGAACCGGAGGAAUUGUUGAGCAGUCAGGAAGGAAAGCAGUAUCACUGGCUAGAGAAUGCUGAUAUAAUCAAGUUCACAUUUGUUCCUGUCCCUGUCAAAAAUGAAAAAGAUGAAGAGAAACUUCACUCACAGCUUCAGCAAAGACCUACUGAACUGAUGGAAACACCAGCUGAUGAGGAAAACUGUGCAGAAGCAGCAGCUUGGUAUGAUGAUCCAGAGGGACAUUUACAACCAGAGACUGAGGUGAGGAGUGAGGACUCUUCUGAAGCUGAAACUGAUGACAGUGCUGAUUGGAGGGAGACAACAGAACAUCAGCCAGGUAUAAACACAGUGGAAAACAUCAAGAAUAAGAGAAGUGAAACUUCUUGGAAGAAGAAACGAUAUCACUGCUCUGAGUGUGGUAGAAUAUAUAAAAUGAAAAAGCAGCUAAUGAAACAUAUGAUACUUCACUCAGGAGAGAAACCUGUCAGCUGUUCUAAAUGUGGUAAAAUGUUUUCUCGACGAGGGUAUUUGACCAAACACAUGAGAGAACACUUAGAAGAGAAACCUGGUCAGUCUGAGUGUGGCAAAGAAAUUGACCGAACCAAUCACAUGUUAGUUCACACAAGACAGAAAUUCUUCAGCUGUACUGUGUGUGGUAAAACAUUCAUCUGUAAAGCUUCCCUGGCCAGACACCGGAGAACUCAUUCAGGAGGGAAACGCUUCGGAUGCUCGAUUUGUGGUAAAACAUUUGACAGUAUGGGUGAGCUGGACAAGCACAGGAGAACUCAUUCAAGAAAGAAGCCUUUUAGAUGCUCUGAGUGUGUCUUUCCUGUGGAGGUCCAUCAGCUUUUUGAGAAAAAAGAAGAGGUGUUGCUUGAUCAGCAGGAGAGAGACGCUAUUCGAAACCAGGAUAUUAUCAAGUCUCCAUAUAUUAAAGAUGAACCAGAGGAAUUGUGGGACAGUCAGAAGGGUGAGCAACUUCACAAACCAGAAAACACUCAUAUCAUCAAGUUCACUUUUGUUCCUGCCCCUAUGAAGAGUGAAGAAGAGGAGGACAAACCUCAGUCUACACAUCUUCUUCAAAUAAAAACUGAACAGAUGGAAAAUGGAUGUGAUGGAGAGGACUUUGGAGAACCGAGUGCAACCACGUACCUUGAUCCAGAGAGAAUUCUACAAACAGAGACUGAGAUCAAGAGUGAGGACUCCUCUGGGAUUGAGACUGAUGACAGCGCUGAUUGGAUGGAGACAACUGAACAGCAGUCAGGUUCAAAGCCAGUGGGAAAAGUAAAAAAUAAUGGUAGAAAAAGGGAUAAGAGAGCACAUCGCUGCACUGAGUGUGGGAAAAGAUUUAAACGUAAAGGUCAUCUUAAUUAUCACAUGACAGUUCACUCAUCAGAGAAACCCUUCAGCUGCUCAGAGUGUGGUAAAGGUUUUAAAAUCCAGUGGUCUCUUAAGGAGCAUAUGAGAACUCACACAGGAGAGAAACCCUUUGACUGCUCUGAAUGUGGUAAAAGAUUUGCAUCAAAACCCAAUUUGAAAAGACAUAUGAGAACUCACUCUGGGGACAAACCCUUCAUAUGCUCUGAGUGUGGUCAAAGAUUUGCACAAAACAUUUCUUUGGCCAACCAUAUGACUAUUCACAAUAGACAGAAACCUUUUAGCUGCUCUGAGUGCGGUAAAAAUUUUACCCUCAAGCAUCAUCUCACAAAACAUAUGAUAACACACUCGGGAGACAAACCCUUCAGCUGCUCUGAGUGUGGCCAAAAAUUUACCCUUAAACAUCAUCUUAGAGUGCAUAUGGUAACACACUCAGGAGACAAACACUUCAGCUGCUCAGAGUGUGGUCAGAGAUUUGCCCACCAAAGUUCUCUGACCAGACAUAUCAUGUUAGUUCACGCUAAACAAAAGAGAAAAAACUCUUUGACCCAGUGUUACUCUGCCCAGCGCAACCAAAGAGCCAAAUCGUUGAAAAAUAGCUUUGCAAGAGCCACAGUCUAAGUGAUAAAAAGUGGCAAAAAUGGCUUAAGUAGCACUAAAAAUAAAUUAAAGGUGGCAGAAAUAUUUAAAAAGUAUCAAAAAUGUGUGUAAAGGGGCAGAAAUGGGGAGGAAGAGUGGAAGAAGGGUCCAAAAAUAACAAAAAUGGUUAAGAAGUGACAAAAAAUGAGUUACAGGUGACAAAAAUUGUCCAACACUG